AUGGACAUUGACGAUCAAUCAAGAGUGAAUCCACCAUCAAGUUCGUAUGUAGUGGAGGAGUUGGGUUCUUAUGUGGAUGCAGGAGAACCGGAACUAGAUUCUGGAACUGACGUAGAUUCUGCUCUUGGUGGAAUGAGCUUGAGAAGCUCCAAUUUCACAGUCGAAUCCGAAUUAUAUCGACAUAUUGAAGAAAAUGGAAGAACCUAUCAUCGUUACAAGCAUGGGCAAUUCCAACACAGAUUUCUGCGUAUGACUAUCGACGGAAAGUUAUUUGUGUCGCCUAUUGACACAAAUCGACCAUUAAAUGUCCUCGAUAUUGCCACGGGUAUUGGCAUUUGGGCGGUUGAAUUCGAUGAAUAUCCCAACUCAACGGUAAUUGGUACUGAUCUUAGUCCCAUUCAGCCACAUUAUGUCCCAACAAAUUGCUCGUUCCGAAUUGAAGACGCGGAAGAUCCUUGGACAUUUGACGAUCUUAAAUUCGAUCUAAUCCAUGGGUGCGCCUUGUUAUCCUGCUUUCGCUCCCCGAAGGCUGUUUUUGCAUCUGCGUUUCAGGCUCUCGCGCCAGGAGGAUACCUUGAGCUUCGAGAUCCGAUCUUCCCCUUCAAAUAUGCCUCCCCGCCCCCGGCAGAUUGUGCGUUAGUAAAAUGGAACAACAUGAUACUGGAGGCGAGUUCGAAGGCUGGACGAUUAUGGACAAACGGAGCACAUUACAAGAAAUGGAUGGAAGAAAUCGGGUUUAUUGAUAUUGUGGAGCGAAGGGAAUAUGCACCCAUGAGUACAUGGGCAAAAGGCCAGAGAAAUAAGGUAUUGAGUGUAUGGGUUCAAAGAAAUUUGUUGAUGGGUCUCGAAGCACUGAGUAUGGCUCUAUUCACAAGAGUUUUGGGAAUGAAAAAGGAAGAGGUGGAAGAGUUGUUGGUCGGCGUGAAGAAAGACAUCGAAAACACAAAGAUUCAUUGUUACUCCGAAGGGGUCCUGGUGUACGGCAGAAAGCCUUAG